AUUAUCUUCAAGGCGGGGAUAACUUGUUGUUCUUCCGGUACUCGUCGUCAUCAGAAAUGGCUUCUCUUGACAGGGUAAAAGUGUUAGUUUUAGGAGAUUCUGGGGUAGGCAAAUCUUCCUUAGUCCAUUUAAUAUGUCAGAAUCAGGUUUUUGGAAAUCCAUCUUGGACUGUUGGCUGCUCUGUGGAUGUAAGGGUUCAAGAUUACAAAGAAGGAACACCUGAGGAGAAAACCUUCUACAUUGAACUAUGGGACAUUGGAGGAUCAGUUGGCAGUGCCAGUAGUAUCAAAAGCACCAGAGCAGUCUUCUACAAUUCAGUAAAUGGAAUAAUAUUGGUACAUGAUUUAACAAAUAAGAAAUCUUCCCAAAAUCUCUACCGCUGGUCAAUGGAAGCUUUGAAUAAGGAUUCCUCCCCAACAGGCGUCAUUGUCUCAAAUGGUGACUAUGACAGAGAACAGUUUGUUGAGAACGCAGUGCCUUUGCUGCUGAUUGGAACAAAGUUUGACCAGAUUCCAGAGAACAAACGCAGUGAAGUUCUCACUAGGACGGCCUUCCUUUCUGAAGAUUUUAAUGCAGAGGAGAUCAAUCUCGACUGCACAAACCCGAGAUACUUUGCUGCAGGCACGUCAAAUGCUGUGAAACUUAGCCGUUUCUUUGAUAAGGUAAUAGAGAAGAGAUAUUUCACCAGAGAUUCAAGUCAGAUGACAGGCUUUACUGACAGAAAAAGGUUCAACUUCAAAAGUUUGCACUAUGACUGAGUUCCAUGAAUGCAACAGCAGUGGUCUGUGGUUUUCUUCUGUUGGCUGACAUGUUGGAGACCAGCCUUAACAACAUAAACAACCUCACCUCCGCCUCUUUCUGCUAUUUUAUAUACUUUUGACCUAAGUGUGAACUCAAAAAGAAAUUUAAUGUAAAUUGGGAAUAAAUCUUUUACAGAUAA